CGUCCUCCCGACGACUUUCCUGUGAUUUAUCACAUGUUUUGUCGAAACAUUUUCUUCGCAAUACAAACUCAAGAACCACUAGACAUGCUCCGCAUCUAAGAUGUCAAUGGCAUACCCGCUGGAACCAUUACCGGCCAAGGUCUCCUCUAAGGCGUCGAGAAACCCAAACCCGUACCACAUAAAGCGACCGAUGAACGCGUUCAUGGUGUGGUCGAGGCUGCAGAGAAAGAAGAUAUCGAUGAUGAACCCGAAGCUGCACAACUCGGAGAUCUCGAAGCGGCUGGGCCACGAGUGGAAGAGCCUGGACGAGACGGAGAAGCGGCCGUUUAUCGACGAGGCGAAGAGGCUGCGCCUGAAGCAUAUGCACGACUACCCCGACUACAAGUACCGGCCGCGGCGGAAGAACCGCUUGGAGGGCUCGUACGGGAACCCGGCCAUGUACCCGCCGAGGGAGAGCUUCGUCGAGCUGGAGCCCAGGACUGAGGUGAACUAUCAGAUUCCUGUCAACUAUCCCGACCAGUACGUGUACAAUAACAUGAUCAGCUACUCGGUGCCGAUGAGCCAGCAGUCCCUCAUUCCCCCGAUGAGGCCGAAGGAGGAGGCGCUUCAAAAUGUGGAGCUGCGGCCGUUGCCGUCGAUAGAGAGCAUAUCCCCGCGACCGUUCGCGGUCGUCAACCAGCAGAUGAUGGUGAAGGCCUAUCAGAACCUGCACUACGUUCCCGAGGACGUAACUCGAAUACCCUAUCACUAUCAAUUCAGUGUUCAAUAGAAAUGUUGUGUUUAGAAUUAAUGUAUAUCUUAUUGUUUUAUAGUGACCAUUAUUGUAGCUUUAGUUUGUUUAAGGUACUAGUACUGUUAGUAUCUAUCCAAAGAUUUAGUUCUUACCUAAUUAAUAUAACAACUUGCAUUAUACUGUUAUGUCAUAAUAUUAACCAUGCUAUUAUUAUAUCACGUCGACCGUCGUGCGACGUUAUUGUGACUGUUACACAAACGAGUAAAUAUUGAUUUGA